GGGCGGACCGGGCCGGUGCCGUCAGUCAGGCAGCGAGAGCCGCCAGGAGCGGAUGGCGGCGGCGGUAGCGGCCCCCCUCGCCGCCGGGGGUGAGGAGGCGGCGGCGGCGGCGGCCAACAUUUCCGUGCCAGGCUCUGCUACUCUGCCCGGAAGCCGCAGCGCAGAGCGGGCCCUGGAGGAGGCGGUGGUCACCGGGACCUUGAACCUGUCCAACCGGCGCUUGAAGCACUUCCCCCGGGGUGCGGCUCGCAGCUACGACCUGUCAGACAUCACCCAGGCUGACCUGUCCCGGAACCGGUUUCCCGAGGUACCAGAGGCUGCGUGCCAGCUGGUGUCUCUGGAAGGCCUGAGCCUCUACCACAACUGCCUGAGAUGCCUGAACCCAUCCCUGGGGAAUCUCACAGCCCUCACCUACCUCAACCUCAGCCGAAACCAGCUGUCGUCGCUGCCGCCGUACAUCUGCCAACUGCCCCUGCGUGUGCUCAUUGUGAGCAACAACAAGCUGGGAGCGCUGCCUCCUGAGGUCGGUGCCCUGGGAAGCCUGCGGCAGCUGGACGUGAGCAGCAAUGAGUUGCAGUCCCUCCCUGUGGAACUGUGUAGCCUCCCUUCCCUGCGGGAUCUCAACGUGCGGAGGAACCAGCUCACCAGUCUGCCUGAUGAGCUGGGGGACCUUCCUCUUGUCCGCCUAGACUUCUCCUGUAACCGUGUCUCCCGCAUCCCGGUCUCCUUCUGCCGCCUCAGGCACCUGCAGGUCAUUCUGCUGGACAGCAACCCCCUGCAAAGUCCCCCUGCCCAGAUCUGCCUGAAGGGCAAACUUCACAUCUUCAAGUACCUCUCAACAGAGGCUGGGCGGCGGGUGGCUACGCUGGGGGACCUGGCCCCCUCCAGGCCCCCAAGUUUCAGUCCAUGCCCUGCUGAGGAUUUAUUCUCGGGACGUCGGUACGAUGGUGGGCUGGACUCAGGCUUCCACAGUGUUGACAGUGGCAGCAAGAGGUGGUCUGGAAAUGAGUCAACAGAUGAAUUCUCAGAGCUGUCAUUCCGGAUCUCAGAACUGGCUCGGGAGCCUCGGGGGCCCAGAGAACGCAGGGAGGAUGGUUCUGCUGAUGCGGACCAAGAGCAGACGGACUUCAUUGACAGCCAUGUCCCUGGGGAGGACGAAGAGCAGGCCUCUGCUGAGGAGCAGCGGUCUCCUGAACUCAGCCCUGCAGCAGGGUUUGGGGAGAGGUCGCACAGCAGGCGGGAGGAGCCGGCUGGGGAGGAGAGGAGGCGCCCAGACACCUUGCAGCUAUGGCAGGAACGAGAGCGGAGGCAACAACAACAGCAGCAGAGUGGGCUGUGGGGGGCCUCUCGGAAGGACAGUUUCCCCAAGUCAGGGGCCAGGGCUGCGGGGGGAGCUGCUGUUACCUCAUCCAUGCAGGCCACCUGCAAUGGCCCACCCAAGUCCACUGCCACCCAGCCCGGAGCUCCCAGGGGGCAGGGAGCCCCGGCCCCUGCCCCUCUUUCCCAGGAACCCCUUCCUGUAGCUGGACCAGUGACGGCACCUGUUCCCCGGCCACUUGGUUCCCUCCAGAGACCAAACAGCUUCCUCUUCCGUUCUUCCUCCCAGAGUGGCUCAGGCCCCUCCUCGCCAGACUCCAUCUUGAGGUCUCGGCCAACCUCCCAGGGCCCAGAUGAGAAGGCACUCAUGGCCCAGCUGCGCCAGGUCCUUGAGUCCCGGCUGCAGCGGCCCCUGCCUGAGGACCUGGCUGAAGCUCUGGCCAGUGGGGUCAUCCUCUGUCAGCUGGCCAACCAGCUGCGGCCCCGCUCAGUGCCCUUUAUCCAUGUGCCCUCACCUGCUGUGCCAAAACUCAGUGCUCUCAAGUCUCGGAAGAAUGUGGAAAGUUUCUUAGAAGCCUGUCGGAAAAUGGGGGUGCCCGAGGCUGACCUGUGCUCGCCCUCAGAUCUCCUCCAGGGCACCGCCCAGGGUCUGCGGACCACACUGGAGGCCGUGAAGCGAGUGGGGGGCAAGCCCCCCCCACCCCUCUGGCCCCCCUCUGGUCUGAGUGGCUUCGUCCUCUUCUACGUGGCCUUCAUGCUGCUGCUCUAUGUCGUCUACACUCGGCUCCUGGGUUCCUAGGAGACCCUGGCACCCCUCUACCCGUCCCCUUCCCCAUUCUAUUUAUAAGAUUCCUGCUCCCCCUCCCCCGUCCCCCACCAGUGGUGCCUUCAAGCCCCACCAAAGACACUAGCGAGCCCCUUCACAGACACUGACCUCAGAGGCCCCACUCUGGGGCCCCCAAGCCCUGGCCCCCCUCCUGCAGCUCUUCCCCCACUCAGUGCCUUCCUCCCUUUCCUGCUCCUGUCCCCAUCCACCCCCCCCCGGCUGCUAUGGGAGGGUAAAUUAUCUCUAUUUUGUAGAGAGAACUCUAUAUUUGUAGGGGAUGAGGGGGCCCCGGGGGUCCCUGUCUCUGUAUAAACUGUACAGACCAUGGCUGCCUCUGUCCGAAUGUGUGUGUGUGUGUGUGUGUGCCUGCAAAUGCAACCUGCUCCGUGUAUCCACUGCCCACCCCAGCAGCUCCGUCCAGAAAUGGCAGCCGUGCCUACCCCUGACCAUGCCCUCCAUGUCACCUCCCUGCUGUUCUCUGCUGGCAGCUUCCUUGGUGUCCUGUGUGUCCCCAAGGCAUGGGUGCAGGCCACCAACCCAAUACUUUGGCCUCCUACGCCUUGGCAGCAGGGGGGCUUUGGAGGGGGUGCUGAGGGGGAACUGAACCUGGGCCCU